UUAUACGCACCAACCACGUGGUUGAAUACGACGCAUGCGUGACACGUGCGCGUACAUCUAACCUCACCAAAUGAAUGUAUGACGACGACCCGUAACCGUAUCGUGAAGAAUGCCAGUAUGUAUCGAGUUCCGUAACGAUUCAAAUAAACAAUUAAAUGGAAACGCCAUGUAUCCCCAUAUUUUAAGCAAGUAGUGUAAGAAAAUAAAAUAACUUAUAUGUGGCGUGAAUACCAGGAGGGGACUAUACAUUGUAAAUUUACUAUUAUCGUGAGUAGCAGGCUUUUCAACUCCAAUACGUUCCAUUAAGACACGAUCAACGAAUACGAUUACAUCUCAUUAUUUCGAAAGAACGAACGUUAUCCUCAUAUCCUUUUGAAUGAAUGUUUCGGCGAUUACAAAGCAAAUGUUGCUACAUAAACGAUAAAUCGGCAUCAAUUAUUGCCGAAUGCGCGUUGUCUACUUCAAAAGAGUGCAUAUAAAAAUUGCGGCAUUUUAAAGCUGCGAAUUGAAAAUUACGUUAAAGCAUCUUCAGGAAAUAUGAAUACUGAAAUUUAUGAGACUUUACCUACAUCAUCUGUGGCUGUACACAUGACAGCAGGUGCAUUUGCCGGAAUUAUGGAACAUUGUGUUAUGUAUCCACUUGACAGUGUUAAGACAAGAAUGCAAGCAUUAACACCAAAUGCAGGUGUAAGAGGUGGAGUAAGAACUGUUCUAAGGAGAAUGGUACAACAAGAAGGUUUUUUGAGACCAAUUCGUGGUAUGAGUGCAAUGGUUGUAGGAGCUGGUCCUGCACAUGCAUUGUAUUUUUCAUGUUAUGAGUUUAUUAAAAAUAAAUUUUUGAAUUCAAGAACAUAUUCUGAAUUGAAUGUAGCUCCUUAUGCAAUUGCUGGUUUUGUGGCAACACUUCUUCAUGAUGGUAUAAUGAAUCCAGCAGAAGUGGUUAAACAGCGAUUACAAAUGUAUAAUUCUCCUUAUCAAAAUGUUAUGACAUGUAUAAGAAAUAUAUAUAAAAAUGAAGGUGCAUAUGCAUUCUAUAGAAGUUACACGACACAAUUGACUAUGAAUAUACCUUUUCAAACAAUCCAUUUUGUUACUUACGAAGUUGCACAAGUUAUCACAAAUCCUAAUCAUAUUUAUAAUCCAAUAGCACAUAUGGUAUCAGGUGCAUUAGCAGGAGCUGUUGCUGCUGCAGUUACAACACCUUUAGAUGUUUGUAAAACACUUCUAAAUACACAAAAUGGUGUACAAGCUCAAGGCAUGAAAGAUGCUUUAAGAAUUGUGUAUAGAUACGGAGGUUUAUCUAGCUAUUUCCGUGGUUUAAAUGCCCGUGUUCUUUAUCAAAUGCCAGCCACAACUAUUUGUUGGUCAACAUAUGAGUUUUUCAAAUAUAUAUUUCAAGAAAAACAAGAUGAUGGAUAUCGUGGACCAGAAGUUGAUAAUGAUUCUUCGAGUGAAAUUAAUCAGAACCAAAGUUCAAAUUCUAGAUUUCACUUUCUAGUCUUUUUCAAGAUAUGAGCUUAUAUCUCAAUAAAAAUGCUCCAACUUCAGUGUUACUUGGUGUGACAACGAGUUAAGUAUUUUUGAAUCUUUACUGACACCAUUUGAACUGUAUGAAGAACUUGAAUGGUAGAUAAAAUAUCCGUUUUUUCGUAUUUGGAGAGUUUAUCAACAAUAUUUCGUUAAUUCAUCUACGCUAUUAUUACAUGUAUAUAAUAAUUCAUAAUGAAGAAAUACAUGUAUAAAUGAAAAUCCAUUUUGAGCCAAGUGCAGGACGCAAGCUCAAGGAAUAAGAAAAAUGAAUCAGAAAAUUUC